AUGCGCCGCAGCGGCCCCUGCCGGCGGGGCGGCAGCAGUGCGCGUGCGCCAGGGCGCUGCGGGCAAAGGCUGCGAUGGUGUGGGCCUGCUCUGAGCGGUGGACAUGUCAAGGCUUUAGCAGAUGAUCAUGUAGCAGUAAUGUUUCAAGCAGCUGGAGGAUGUAGUCUAGACUGCAUAGCUCUGCUUUUGAGAUAUGGAGGAAGUGGCAAUGUACCUGGUGGGGCAGGGCUGCUUCCCAUACACAAAGCAGCUUAUGAGGGGCAUCGCUUGGGCAGGAAGUAUCUCAUUGCAGCCACAUCCCAAACUUUAAUCAGUGGUUCAAGCACUGUUCAUUCUGCUGUGGACAGCCAGAACCAGUGUCUAGAGCUUGUCAUUGAAAAUUGUUUGGAUGUCAACACUCUCUUGUCUGAACACAUAACUUCAAAUACUUAUGAUGACAGAAGAGAGACUGCGCUUUGUCAUGCUGUUUCUAAUAAGAUUCUUUGCACCAAAAUAUUACUCAAAGCAGGAGCAAAUCCAAAUAAGGGUCCUUUAAACUGUGUUCUCAUAGCAGUGAGAACUGACAGCCAUGGAAUUGUAAAGCUACUCCUAUCUUAUGGAGCAGAUGUCAACUUAAUUUUGUUGCUUAAUGAUACGCAUUUCCCCAGAGCAUGAUAUUCUUUGAAUGGUGACACGAUGCUGAGGCUGUUGCUCAGUCAUGGAUAUAAUGUGGAGAUGUGUUUGGACUUUAUGUGUCAGGGUAUCUUUGGAAAUUCCUUUGUGUGGCCAGCUCCAGAGCUCGAGCCUUUUCCCAGCUGGACUACUUCUUCAAUAAAUAAUAUUCAGUUCUGUGAGUUUAUUGCUGUUCUGUGAUUGAGACAUUUGCCUGGAAAAAUUGCUUGUGUUUUAAUAGAUUACACAGAUUAUGUGCCUCUAAGCACAAGAAUUCAGUUUUUCAUAGAAACACAGAAAAAAAGAGCAGAGAUACCACAGACUGGAUAA